AUGGCUUCAGCAUCUAUAUUUUCAUUCGAUGAGACCGAACCACGGGUAUCGUCACCAUGGCUAAAACAGCUCGAUUCCAUGGAUAACUCCAGAACUCCAUCACGUAACAGUAACUUUGUCACCGAUUCUGAGCCUACUGCGUACUUGGACGAAGCUGGCCAUGUCACUAGGCUCGAGGCUGAGCCUCAAAAAGGCCCCGUUGAGUACAAGCUUCAUCUUCUGAUCCGACCUCGCCGCAACUACACGUACAUGAGUACUGUGACACGGAUAUCUGGCUCGAAACAUUCCAAGUACAACGGCNCCUCACGCUCGCCCUCCGGAACUGCUCUGCCAGCAAAGAGUGCUUCUCCGUCUGUCACCCCAAAUUAUAGGCAGGAUAGAUUCGAGCACCUGACUACUCAGCUUUUAUGGAGACUUGGACAAUCUUGUCCACAUCACUCGAAUGCUUCGACCACUCUCGUCCUACCACAGUUGCCAGAAAGUACAACAGAGCUACAAGCACCGCCAAAGCCAGAACCCAUACAUCCAGGCCUUGAAGAGAGUGAGGGUGCACUCUAUGAAAUUGGUGUGUCCGAUGAUGGUACUCUUGUUGGCCUCGCAGAGGAUGAGAUGCAGGACAGUCUCAACAAUCUGCGUGCUAUGGCUGCAAGUCUAGGUUGUGUGGUUGAAGUACAACGGAUGGUCAAAGUCGGUACUUGCUCUUACAUGGCACAAACCGAUGGAACAGUCUCUUCGGAACACCUUGAACGGCAGAGUGAUCUUCUCGUGGCAGAAGCUCUUGUAAAGCCAAAUUUGACCACGACUGUGGAGAAUGGCCGUUCGAGUGCUGACAAAACACUGACGGAGGACCAUUCUUCGGAAGCCAAAUCGACAAAACAGCUUCGAAUAUCGCUCACAGGAGCCACUAUGUCUGGAAAGUCGUCUUUGCUGGGAACUCUCUCGACAUCGACCCUGGAUGACGGACGAGGCAAGAGCCGGUUGAGUAUGCUCAAGCAUCGACAUGAGAUUACUUCCGGCAUUACGAGCUCAGUCACCCAAGAAUUAAUGGGGUACUCUCCAGCUCCGACGGGCGGAAUGGAAGUCAUCAACUAUGCUACAGAGGGCGUGGCAUCUUGGAUUGAUAUGCACACAGCUUCUGCCGACGGCCGUCUUGUGUUUGUAGCAGAUUCUGCUGGUCAUCCCCGAUACCGACGGACGACAGUCAGAGGUCUCGUGGGGUGGAAGCCGCAUUGGGUACUACUUUGUGUUCCCGCAGAUGAUGAAGUCAAGUCUUCCAGUAAGGUUGCAGAAGUACUUGGUCCAGCCGCUACCGAUAUCGAUCUAUCUGCUGCACAUUUGGACCUUUGUCUGCGUCUCCAGCUGCCUCUAGUGGUCGUCAUCACCAAGUAUGAUCUCGCACAGCUCUCUGUGUUGAAAGCCACACUGGGAAAGCUACUUUCGGUUCUGAAAUCUGCCGGCAGAAAACCACUAAUGAUACCAAAUUCACCAGGCACUGUCUCCGAACAUGAGCUGCAGAGCUUCACACAGAAAAAAUCAGCUAAUAUACGUAAGACUAUUGAUGCUCUAUACGACGAUCCUCUGUCAGCAGUUCCGAUAGUUCUGACGAGCGCCGUUCAAGGUGCAGGCUUUGACAACCUGCAUGCUGUCUUGAACGAGCUUCCUAUACCAGACCAUCGAGAAGAACCUCCUCCCAAGGCAGGUACCUUAAGCUCUCUGUUCCAUGUCGAGGACAUAUACAACAAAGCUCAAGAUGCCAAUACCAUCAUCCUGAGUGGCCAUUUGAGCAGAGGCUCAAUAUCAGCAGGAGAAGAGCUAUUCUUGGGACCUUGCUCUCCAUCUGGUGGAGAUGACUCUGAAGAUUCAGACACACAGCAACGUCCUCGACUCGCGCAAGCUUUACCACCAUCACGGUCUUUCCCAGGAGCGCUCAAAACCCACGGAAGCCUCAUCCCGUUCAAUAAAGCAUUCGAGCAAGAAUGGCGUAAAGUCAAAGUUGCUAGCAUCAGAAACUUGCGUCUUCCCGUCUCGACUCUGCACUCCGAUCAAGCGGGUACCAUUGGGAUUGGGUUGACUGAUGACAAGACCCUUGAUACGUGGGCGACUGUGAAGGUACGAAGAGGUAUGGUGCUCUGCAACAAGCCUGCGACUUCGUCUAGCACCAUUGUUGCACAGUUCAGACGUGAUGACUUGGGCACGUUGGCAGUGGGAAGUCAAGCUGUAGUCUACCUUGCGAGUGUUCGAUCUUCUGCAAGAAUAUUGUCCUGCAGAACACCCGAGCCUUCUGAAAUGAUGGUCGAAGAUUUGAGUUUGGAGAUGGCUGAUCAACACAUCGACUCGCAAGACGGCAGUUUUGCCGAGAGCGCUGCUGCCGGAGCUGUCACGCAUCAGUUCCUGCAGGUGACGUUCCACUUCGACUCCACAAAGGAAUGCGUCGAAGUCGGAUCCAAGAUCCUGGUCAUGCCCGGAGGUGGUCCAGGCUUAUUCGGUGGCACAGAGCGCGGAGAAAAAGGCGCAGCUGGUUUAGAAGGAUUUGUCGGAAGAGUAGUUGAAGUACUCCGAUAA